AUGACUGAUGCCAAUCAACAAUAUGUAAACAUGUAUGUAGACGAUGGUGAAACCGCUGGCGCCCCUGCGUCGAUUCAGGCGCCUUUGGAUUCUGAUGGCCUUAUUGAGAGUAAUUGGGAAUAUGUAUGCGAAAACUUUGAUGAAAUGGGUUUGAAAGAAAAUCUUCUUCGUGGAAUUUAUGCAUCUGGUUUUGAGAAGCCAUCGGCUAUCCAGCAACGUUAUUCCGUGCACCAAAAAACGUGA